CCCAACACUUGCACGCACUCCGUUAGCAGCCUCUCAUCUGACAGCACUAGCCCGUUACAGGCUUAUUUUUGUUGUGGACAUUUGCACACAGAAGAGAACCAAAGAAAAGCUCAAGGAAGAAAUAUUGGACACAAAGAAGAAAUUAAGGAAUAUCAGAACUUCCAUUUGUAUUUAUUUAAAAAAAAUUGUUUUGUGGAGUCCCAAUUCUGUCCGCAUAUUCAAGGAGUGACUCUAGCUUUGGGUGAAUGGGUUGUCAUGGUGACUGACACUGCCAGUCUGACCCCACAAGAAGCUGCAGUGACCAGCCAUCGAAAGUAACUGGGAGUUAUCAGAGAACAGGAAGAAAGGAGGAGAGGGGAGAAAGAGAAUGGAGGACGGCUUCUCCAGCUACAGCAGUCUGUAUGACACAUCCUCACUGCUGCAGUUCUGCAAUGAUGACAGUGCCUCGGCAGCAAGCAGUAUGGAGGUGACGGACCGGAUCGCCUCCCUGGAGCAGCGGGUUCAGAUGCAGGAGGAUGAAAUUCAGCUACUCAAGUCGGCGCUGGCUGACGUGGUUAGGAGACUGAAUAUCUCAGAGGAGCAACAGGUCAUGCUCAACAGAAAAGGACCAACCAAAGCUAGACCCAUGAUCGCUGCCUUGCCCCUGAGGCCUGCGGUCAAUAAUGGCACUGUCCUGCCUAAGAAGGCUGGCACACUACCAUCUCCCUCAGGCUCCAAGAAGGAAAGCAACACACCAGCAACCAAAAGUAUGUCCGAUCUGCCCAGGUUUCUUCUAAGGCCACCUUACAGCACUGUGAAGAGAACAAGUUCAUCAGAGCAUGUGGGGUCCAACAACAGAAAAGAUAGUUGCACAGAUUCCAAAAGUAAUCGCACACGCACCGGUUCCACAGGAAGCAACUCUAGUGGCAAGAGAGCCUCAGAGAGCAAACAGAGGGAGCCUGUGUUCAGUGCAGGGAUGCGACGUGUGACGCACUGCAAAGAUGAAGGGUAUGUCAAAAUGUAUUUGAAGGGACGACCCAUUACAAUGUACAUGCCCAAAGACCUGGUGGACACCUACUGCCUGGAAGCAAAGGCUGACUUGCCUCCUAAAAAACUGAAGCUAGAUUGGGUCUAUGGUUAUCGAGGCCGUGACUGUCGAUCCAACCUCUACUUGCUACCGACGGGGGAAACGGUUUACUUCAUCGCCUCUGUGGUUGUGCUCUAUAAUGUGGAUGAGCAACUUCAGAGACACUACACUGGACAUACUGAUGAUAUCAAGUGCUUAGCUGUCCAUCCUGAUAAAAUCACCAUAGCAACAGGACAAGUGGCUGGCACAUCCUCAGAUGGAAAACAGCUGGGUCCUCAUAUACGUGUAUGGGACUCUGUGAGUUUGAACACAUUGCAUGUCCUUGGAAGCGGUUUCUUUGACAGAGCUCUGGUGUGCCUCUCCUUCUCUAAGUCGAAUGGUGGUAGCUGGUUGUGUGUUGUGGAUGACUCCAAUGAUCACAUCCUCUCUGUAUGGGACUGGCAGAAGGAGGAAAGACUUGCUGAAGUCAAAUGCUCCAAUGAUUCUGUUUUCGCUGCUGAUUUCCACCCAACAGAUGCUAAUCUAAUUGUAACAUGUGGGAAGUUGCAUCUUUACUUCUGGUCAUUAGAGAAAGGGUCUCUUGUGAAGAAACAGGGUCUAUUUGAGAAACAAGAGAAGCCCAAGUUUGUAUUGUGUGUGACUUUUUCAGAAAAUGGCGAAGCCAUCACUGGAGACUCAAGUGGAAAUAUAAUUGUUUGGGGCAAAGGCUCUAAUAGGAUAAGUCUUGCCAUUCAAGGAGCCCAUGAGUCGAGCGUCUUUGCGCUAUGCAUGUUGAGAAAUGGGACACUGGUCUCAGGUGGGAAGGAUCGUAAACUCAUUUCCUGGGAUGGAAAUUAUCAAAAGAUUCAAACGGUAGAGGUGCCUGAGUUAUAUGGCCCUAUUCGAACUGUUGCUGAAGGAAAGGGUGAGACGGUUCUUAUUGGGACUACUAAAAACUAUGUCCUGCAAGGCAGUCUGGAUGGAGAAUUCAUACCUAUUACACAGGGCCACACAGAUGAGUUAUGGGGCCUGACUGUACACCCACUGAAGCAGCAGUUACUCACCUGUGGCCAUGACAAGCUUGUCUGCCUGUGGGACUCCGGCUCCCAUCAGCCCAUCUGGACCAAAUCAUUGGAGGAUGGUGCUCAAUCGGCUGUAUUCCAUCCUUCUGGGGCAACGGUUGCUAUAGGAACACAGACGGGCAGGUGGCUUGUGCUUGAUACUGAAUCGAAGGAUCUAGUCACAAUGCACACGGAUGGGAACGAACAGCUGUCAGUUAUGCGCUUUUCACCAGAUGGCAAUUUCCUUGCAAUUGGGUCGCAUGACAACUACAUCUAUAUUUAUGCUGUGGCAGAAAAUGGCAAGAAAUACAACAGAGUUGGAAAGUGCUCAGGUCAUUCUAGUUUCAUUACCCAUCUGGACUGGUCUGUGGAUUCUCAGUACUUGGUAUCCAACUCAGGGGACUAUGAGAUCCUUUACUGGAUCCCCUCUGUUUGCAAGCAAGUAAUUAGUGUGGAGUCCACCCGUGACAUAGAAUGGGCCACUUUCACCUGUACUCUAGGAUUCCAAGUUUUCGGGCUGUGGCCAGAUGGCUCAGAUGGAACUGACAUCAACGCUGUGUGCAGUUCUAAUGCGAAGAGACUGCUCGUCACUGGAGACGACUUUGGAAAAGUUCACCUUUUCUCAUUCCCUUGCACUCAGUCCCGAGCUCCCAGUCACAUCUACGGUGGACACAGCAGCCAUGUCACCAACGUUAACUUCUUAUUCGAUGACAGUCACAUAGUCUCUACAGGAGGGAAGGACAUGAGUGUUAUGCAGUGGCGUGUGGUGUAAAGCAACUACUGUCACACUUUGUGUUUAUUUAUGUGGAAAAUAUCAGAACUUGCUCAUUUUCUGGGAUCAAGUGGCUUGGGAAAACAAAAAUGUGGCCAUGGAGUAAAGACUAAAGUGUUGAAAGGGAGAGGGAGAAGCUGGUCUCUGUUUUAUUUGCCUUUAAUUGUUAUCUCAGGACCCCAAUGUUUGAAAUGACUGUCUGUUGACUGUCUCACAUGCUUUCAUUGGCUAUGAAACAAUAAAAUCUGCUCUAGAAGACAAAGGUAAACAAGACGCCAAAGCACAUACGGGAAUUUAUUAUAUACAAGACCAAUAUCAAGGCGCUGGCCAGUUCAUAACAUAACACUUAACUUAAUGUAAAAACAUUAGUACCAAGUCUUAACAAUAGAAAACCAUCAUGUAUUUAGGAAUUACUCGCAUCACACUGACUGUAUUUAAAAAUUGCAUGUAAACCAUCCAAUCUCCCGCCAUAAUCAAGCAUUUAUUUUACUUUUGCUGCCACCGUCUGGUUUAUUGAGGUACUGCAAAUACACGCCUAUGGCUGAUUUAAUUUUUAUCAUUGACUGUAUUUUUUUAUUUUUUUAUUUUAGCAGUGAUUCUGGUAAAAAAAAAAAAAAAAAAGUGAUUGUACUGUACGUUUAAAAUGAUUAAGUUCUUCAAAGACCUUAAGCAUUUUUUAAGUGGUCUUGUUAAAUCACUAAAGUCACCAAUCUCUGUUUUGGUUUUAAUCCUCAGUCUGACAUUAAAUAUGUUUUUGUGAAUCAUGUAGCUUAACUGACAGUCAAUGUAGAGCACAUUUACAUUAUAGUUAUGCUCCAUUUUUAUAACCUCCGCUUGAGAAACGAGAUCAAACUGUGAAGCCAAAUGACUAGGCUAUAAAUAAAAGGCUAAGCAUGCACACGUUUGUUUGUUACUCUCUAACCUAUUUUUCACUUACAUAUAUGACAUGAAAAAUGCUUUUUCAAAAACGGAGCGGAUUGUUGUUGACACGCUUGGAUCAAAGUUGAAGUGACAUUUUGAAAGAUAUCAAAAGCUCUGGUAGAAUCUACGAUAUAACAAGACAUUAUUGUUAAAAAGAGGGAUAUUUUCCCCACGAAAAAUAGCUCAUUAAUGCAUUUUAACCAUUAGACAUAUAUUACAAUUAUGCUGUAAUACUGUGUUGCAAACUCAAACAAACAACCUGCAUACAAUCAACUUUAUCUCCAAGAAGGGAGUUGAGGCC